AUGAUAUUGGAUCAUCAGUUGACACUCACUACAACUCCUCUGUAUGGAUUCACAGGAGAUAGCAUCACUCUAAAGGGAAAGAUAACGCUUGCAGUGAAGAUGGGAGAGUCUCUCCAAACUACGAUGAACUUCAUGGAGUUCUUCAUUGUCGAUAAUCAAUCGACUUACCAUGGAGUAUUAGGUAGGCCAGCCCUAAAGGAAUUGGGAGCAGUCUCCUCCAUCCACCACCUGUGCAUGAAAUUCUCGACGGAAAAUGGGGUAGCAACGGUGAGAGGUGACCAAAGAGGGUCGAGAGAGUGUUAUCUAAGCUCCAUAAAAAAGGUAGAGCCCCGGGACGUCCAUGUAAUCAUAGCCGAUAUAGUCAUGGCAGACGUCCCAGGUGAUGCUCCAACUGAACCACAAGAUAUCGAUAUGAUAUAUGCACCACCCAAUUCGGAGGUCUUGGUCAUUGACGAGAUCGAUCCCCGCAUAAUUGAACACGAACCUCAAGCAUUCCCAGUCGGGAACUUGAAAACUUCUUGGUACGAGGCUUUGAAGGAAGAGGUUCAUAAGCUCAUCCAAAACGGCUUUAUUAGGGAGGCUACCUAUCCGAGGAUAAUGCCCUUCGGGUUGAAAAAUGUCGAAGCGACUUAUCAAAGGCUCGUCAACAAAAUGUUUAUAGACCUCAUCGGCAAGAUGAUAUAUAGGAUGAUGCUCAAUCCCCUCAAGUGCGCCUUUGGAGUGGCUUCCGGCAAAUUCUUGGGAUACAUGGUCAAUCAACGCAGAAUUGAAGCCAACCUGGAGAAGAUUGAGGCCCUAUACAAGAUGAGAGGUCUUUCAAGGCCUGAAAAGGCACCUGGGGCAGGCCCCCUCCUCUCCAAGCCGAAGCCCGAAGAGAUCCUACAACUAUACCUGGUCGUAUCAAAUGAGGCCAUCAGUUCGGUUCUGACUCGAGAAGAAGGAACCACCCAACUUCCAGUUUAUUAUACAAGUAAAGCACUCCUAUCGCCGGAAACCCGUUAUCCCGAUAUGGAGAAGCUCGCUUUGGCCUUGAUCAAGGCCUUCAGGAAAUUAAGACCCUACUUCCAAGCUCACACCAUCCACGUGCUGACAAACUUUCGCCUAAGGCAAGUGCUCCGAAAACUUGAUGCCUCAGGAAGAUUGUUGAAGUGGGCAGUGGAGCUAAGCGAAUUUGACCUCGUGUUCAAGGCUAGGGCAGCCAUCAAGGGUCAGGCCUUGGCUGACUUUGUGGCAGAAUUCACCAACUUACCCGAGGUAGAUGAAAUCAUGGAUCCCGUCGAGCCCCCUACAUGGAACUUAUUCGUGGAUGGGUUGGCCGGAGACACCGACUCAGGAGCUAGAGUGGUCCUCAUCAAUCCUGAAGGUCACAAGCUAAACUCAACGAUGAGGUUCGGGUUCAAGGCCACUAACAAUGUAGAAGAAUACGAGGCACUACUUGCAGGCCUCAGGCUGGCCAAGGAAAUGCAAGUAAAGAGGCUCUUCAUAAGUAGUGACUCCCAGCUAGUUAUUAACCAAGUAAAUGGUAACUUCUUAACCAAGGACAAAACAAUGGCCUCCUACCUGAAAAUGGUGAUGAACCUCAUCCCAUCUUUUGAAAAAUUUGAACUGACCCAGAUCCCUUGCAUCGAAAAUUCUCAUGCAGAUGCACUAUCCAAGCUCACUAGUAGCAAAGAUUCAGAACAACUCACGGUAGUACCCAUAAAGCACCUCCUCUUACCAUCGACCGAGGCCCCCAAUGUCAUGUGGGAGGAGGUCAGCCCACUUCCUCUCGUUGAUGAUGUUCUCUAUAAGAGGAGCUUCUCCUCCCCACUCUUGAGAUGUGUUGGGGGACAAAAGGCUACUUACACAUUAAGAGAAGUCCAUGAGGGUGUGUGUGACAAUAACUCCGGAGGUCUAUCUUUAGCGCAAAAAAUAUUGAGGCAAGGCCCUUGGCCUUUCUCGAAGUGGGGUGUGGACUUCAUGGGUCUUCUACCUAAAGGUAGAGGAGGUGCAAGCUUUGCGCUUGUGGCCAUCGAUUACUUUAACAAAUGGGUUGAGACAAUGGUAGACAAUUCGACAACAAGAAGGUUAGAGCACUAUGCAAGGAACUCGGCAUCAAGAAACAUUUCUCCACGCCUCACCACCCACAAGCAAAUGACCAGGUUGAGGCUGUCAACAAAACAAUCAAACAAGUCCCUAAAAGGAAGCUUGAUGUGUCAAAGAGGGCCUGGGUGGAUGAGCUGCCACAAAUACUUUGCGCGAUCUGAACCACCACGAGGACCGAAAACACCCUUCCUCAUGGCAUUUGGAACUGAGGCGAUGAGCCCCGUUGAGGUCGGACUCCCGUCUCCAAGACGUCUGCAUUUUAGUGAGAUGACAAACGAUGAGCUUAGGAGGUGCGACCUCAACUUCAUUGAUGAAAGAAUAGAUGACUCCCAGUUGUAG